UGUUUGUAUACAUUAGACCUAGGUACUUCCAUACUAUUGAUAUGCAGUUGCAUUUACGUCCAUUUUAUUCGUACAAUAUAUACCUUCCUAUUUUAAGUAAUACACACAAAUAUAACUGCUCUUACAUCAAAGCUGUUUUAAACUCUUCCAAAGAUGUUUCGGCCGCUUUUCUCCAAGCCGGGAUACAGCACGUGGCGGGAGGAUAAGACUGAUAUUGAUGCUUACUCGUCGACAUAAUUUUUUUACAAUGCGCAUCAUUCGCUUGCGCUCGACAUGCAACGUUGAUGACUGCCAUUACUGCCAAUACUCAAAAACAAAGAUCAUAUUAUUUAUUUAUUGGAGAAAUAGAUCUUGCUAGACCUUGGUUCUGGUUGGCGAUACAGGUUGUGAUAAAAGCACACACGUUCCUCAGAAUACGCAUCAGCGACACAAUAGAGAGGAUGGGAUUUGUCUCUGUAUCCAGCGGCAAAAAUGUGUAUCUGGUUUCGAUGACAGUUUGACGUCAACGACGUAAUUUUUACAAGGCGUUGCCAGUUAUUGGUACAGCGUGCGGUCAUUACGACGAAAAAAGCAGCUAAAGCUGCUAAAGAGGAAGGAUGAAAAGAACCAUUGAAAAGAAUAUCAUAGCGGUUAAUCAAUGAGGCAACACUAUACAAAAGUAUACGCCUUGACAAGAUUUUUGUGACACAUAAAACAUAAAUUGAAUUUAUGGCACGCCGGUAACACUUAAUUAAUAAGGAUAACAAUCGGCCGCAACGGGAUGUGUCAUCUCUUUUAAUUAGAUGAGAAAUAAUUAGACAAUAAUAAGCCACUGAUUAAACGAAUAAUUAUAACAACUGACUUAGAUGAAUAAACAAACAAAAGAAGAAUAUUAUAUAUUAUAGAAGGAAAAAUAGAAAACGAGGAGCGAAACGAUUCAACCUUGGAUCUCGGAAGAUGUACUCGUUUAUCAGUAAGACAUGUCUGGCGUUUCUAUUCUUGCUGUACUUCGUGGGGAUGGAUUUGCUACUCUAUUUCCGAGUGCAGGACUACGAUGUGCGUCCACCCAUGAACGACACGCGAGCUUCGCCGUAUUAUUCGCCAAUCUUGUGUGACCUGAAUCCGAUUUGCACCGUGACGGUGAAGGCCAUGACGUUGGACCAUCCUAAUCACUACAUCCUGAGUCCCCUGGCGUCCCUGACGGAUUAUUUGCUGGGCAUCAGUCGUUCCUGGACGUGGCUGACGCCAAACGCCAUCAGUUUUUCUCACGUAAUGGUGGCUAUAAUCGGUGCCCGGUACGUCACACGGAGUUCCCUGUGUCACAGACGAGUGGGUGUCGUUCUGUUCCAAGUCAGAGCCUGGUUGGAUAAUCUGGACGGCCACGUUGCCAGGACGAGGCUCAACGUCAAGGGCGAAAGAUCGGACGUUGGCUCUAUCGGUUAUCUUGUGGAUGGCAUCUGCGAUGCUCUCGGCUGCGUCGCUCUCGCGGUCGGGGUAUUCUUUUUUCUGAAACGCAACUCUAAUCACCGCGCUGGCUACGAGCGACUGCCCAUACGAACGUUAUCAUCGUCAUCGUCAUCCCACAGUUCUGUUUCUUCUACGUCAUUCUGGAGAUCACCUCUGUACAACAUGCUAAUGGUGGGCCUCCACUUUUGCCUGACGAGUAUCGCUUGGAACCGGUACAUAUCCGUAUACCAGGAUCUCCUGGAGUCUGACGUCUCUUCGAUGAUCAGUCGAGAGGAUCUCUACGAUAGGCAGACCAUCGUUUUCCGAAGUUCCUCUUUCUGGACUAUCGCUCUCGCGUGGAAGAUCUUCAACUUUCACGCGAUGAUGGACUAUAUGCUUCUGGCAAUAUUUCUGGAUCGCAUUUGGGAAUACGUCCGAUUUGCGUGGUGGCAACUACCGACGGUUUUAUUUCUGCUUAUUCUUAUCAGUGAAAUCCACUACACGUACACUUACUUGAAAAUAUUGUCGGUGAACGAGAGCCUGCGGUUCUCUUUGUACGCACUUCCUGAUUCAUAGCAGUCGGUUCCUUCUUAACGUUUUUUUAUGUUAAAGUGCGUAUUUAUAUAUAAUUCUAGUAAUGGAUGUUCGGUAAUACUUAUUUCUUUA